UACUCCUAGUCAAGCUAGCCCAUCGAGGUUUGACGCUCGACAUGUUUCGAUACCCUUACACCCAUUUAUUUUGGCAAUCAAAACACUCUAUCGUCAUCGCAGGACCUCACAUACAAGUCCUUGACACUAACACGGGUGAUGUCCUACAUUCAACCGCGAGAUGUGAGGAAGAUCAAAUUGCAUCAAGUCCAAUCCGUUGUGCCGCGUUGAGUGAUUGUGGAAAGUACCUCGCAACUUCAGGAGAUGACAAGAAGCUCAACACUUGGCAAGUUGAUGAUCUAAAACACCUUAGUUCAAGAGUGCUGCCGAAGAAGCCAACAUAUAUCAAUUUUGCGGAUAACAAAGACAUACUUGUAGCAGACAAGUUCGGUGACAUAUUCCGUUAUCAGCUGCACCCAAACUCAAACGAAUCAUCCACUGGGUACGCGCGUGACGCUUUGUCAUCUCAUGAAAACCCCUCUGGCGGGGAACUCAUCCUUGGUCACGCUUCCCUCCUGACUACAUUUUUGCUGACCGCAGACGGGCGAUACAUCGUGACUGCUGAUAGGGAUGAACAUAUCAGAGUCAGCUGGUUCCCACAGGGAUACACGAUCGAGAGCUACUGCCUCGGUCAUCAAAAAUACGUGUCUGCACUUCAUAUUCCUUCGUUUUCUCCAGGGACACUUAUCUCUGGUGGCGGAGAUUCCGUCUUAAAACUAUGGGAUUGGAUGAGCGGGAAACUACUACGUAACAUCGACGUCCUUUCCGCCGUUCAACCCUUCAUCGCGGUAAAGGCGCCAAAAAAGAGAAGGGAGUGGAAGAAUGAAGACGAAGAUAUAGAGCCAAUUGAAGGGGAAAAAGGACGAAGAAAAAAUAAAGGAAAACGCAAAGAAAAACGAAGUGUUGACGGCGGGGACGCGGAAGAAAGCCAAGAUCCUACAAUGUCUGAGAGACAACCCGGAGAAGUGUCGACAGAGGAAAGUGAGGUCGUGUUUGUGGUGCAUAGGAUUGCAUCAAUUCCCUCGUUAGUGCCAAGAAUCGUGUUCAGUGCAGUCGGAGCUACUGCUAUCUUCUGGUUUUCAAUGGACAGCAACUCCGAAACUUGCAUACGGCAUGAGCCAUUUUAUAAACCUAUCAUUGACUUCACCUUGGAAGACGAUGGCUCUAUCUGGGUUUUACUUGAUGCUGAUCGAUCUUCACAAGGAGGCUGGAGUAGUAAGGGCGAAGGUGAUGAGUCAAAUUUAGUCGAAGUACGACGCUGCAUACUAGACAAUUUCACAACCAGCCAUCCUCCGCCAUUGGCCUUGGCACUUAACUCUUGCACACUUCCCGCUACUCAGACUGAUCUCAAAGUUCUGGACCUAUACUCGGAUCUCUUGGUGUUUCCCAAGCAUCUCGAAGCUGUGGCUGAAGACAGGAUCCAGGAUUUGUCUGAAAUAGGUGUUGAUGAUACGGUAACCGCAGAUGAUGGGUCAAAUGAUGGGGGCAUUACCAAGAGAGAAUUAGGGAGGUUAAAGCAUAAGCAAGCCCUGUGGCGUUUGCGGGAGGCGUGGAUGGGACAUAAACCUCAACUUCGUGCAAGAUGGUCCUACGAGUUCGUGUCCCAACCAUACAACCAAUCCGUUCACUUCCAGACGUUUGCCCAGAUGUUUGCACAUUAA